UAAUGGCAAUUCCGAAUAGGUCCAUUUUUUAGUACCUCUGCACUCUCAAAUAGAUUUCCACUUGCUCGUAUAAUUUAACGACAUCAAACAAUCACUAACCACUAAAUUCCCAAAAGGGGUUAAGCAUUAAAGUGCUUGUUGCAAUCAUUAUUCAUCUUUCCAAGAGCAAUUAUGGAGCAUUUGUUAUUGGUUUCAAAGAUUACGAUCUCUCUCCCUUGAUAAUUUAGCCUGUAAAAUAUUAUAAUCUUCCCUUGGUAGUGGAUACAUUCUUUAUUUGUUCGAAAAUUCGUUCCCAAGUACUCAAAGCAAGGUUGGGUUCCUAAUGCUGCCUAUAAAACUGCCUCAUUAUUUCAGAAGUGAUACUUGUGAUGAGCAAAAAUAAUGGCACAGGUAGAGAUAAUAUUGAAGGAGUACAUCAAGCCAUCUUCUCCGACACCCCUUCACCUCAAACAUCAAAAUCUGUCCUUCAUUGAUCGUCUUCCAACGCCAAUCUAUCUUCCCUUCAUACUAUUUUAUCAAAAUCAUGCUUCAUCUGAUCGCUCCCAAAUUUCCCAGCAGCUAAAACUGUCCAUAUCUCAAGCCUUAACCAAGUUCUACCCCUUAGCAGGAAGGAUACAGGAUGACGUUUUCGUCGAUUGUAAUGAUUCAGGGGCUUUAUUCAUCGAAGCUCAAGUUCAUUCUUCCCUUUCAGAGGCAACUCAAAACUUUGUAAUUGAGGAAUUCAACCAUUAUCUGCCAAUAAAGCCUUACGAAAUUAUUGAGAAUAGUUUGAGAAAUGAUGUCCCAUUAGCUGUUCAAAUCAGUUUCUUUGAGUGUGGAGGCAUGUCUGUUGGAGUUUGCAUAUCGCACAGAAUAGCUGAUGCAUUGUCUGUCGUGAUGUUCUUGAAUUCAUGGGCUGCUAUAUGCAGGGGUAGUGAUGAUAGGGAGAUUCUGACACCAAAUUUUGAUGUGGGAUGCCUUCAUUUUCCUCCUCCAGAAGAUGUCCCCAGAGCCCCUUUGAUAUCAGUUGCAGAUAAACAAAAGAUUGUUGCAAAGAGGUUUGUAUUCAGCAAGGAAAAGCUGGAAAGAAUCAAAGAACUAGCUUCAUCAGACUCCACUUCCACAAUAAGGGAUCCAACUCGAGUAGAAGCGCUUUCCGCUUUCAUCUGCAAGAAUUUCAUUGAGGUUUCCUGUAUAUGAAGUGGACUUUGGCUGGGGAAAGCCUUUUGCAAUUGGCACGGCAGCUGUGCCUAGGAAAAACACCAUAAUUUUGAUGAGUACCAAAUGUGGUGAUGGAAUAGAAGCAUGGAUUAACAUGGCGGAAGACCAUAUGGAGUUGCUCCCAAGUGACUUUCUUUCACUUGCAAAUCAUGAUUUUUAGAGAAGAACGUGGUGGCAUGAAUUGUGAACUCUCAUGUCUGAGUAAAUAGCUACUAGUUUUAAAGGAUUGUGGCACGUAUGUUGUACCCAACAUAGUCACUGAACAACAAAUUCCAUUUGUGGAAAAAAGUGAUUUCGAUUUGCAUCCAAUUUUAAUUGGUCCUUAACUCA